UAACCGCUCAUAGCGCCGCUGAGCCCCGACUGCUGAACUCAGGUUACGGCGGCGCUCGACGGGAUGGUCAUGUCCCUUUUUGAUUGACAGUUGAUCCUGACCCACAUCUCGGAGCGGCUCGCAAGCUGAACGUCCCGGCAGCACCAGUGUCGACACUUUCGCGUCUUCUUUCGGCCUAAACGCGUUUUAACAGCCAGAGAUCCAGAAGCUGCCACAGUCGCCCUGGCUUUCUAUUGGUGGAGGAACUUGGAGAACAAUCCCUCGGCGGCCGAAGCUGAAGAUCCGCCCCUCCUGCUCUCCUGGUCUGAGUCCUACUGGUCCACCUGGUCUGAGUCCGACAUGGAGCCCCUGGACGCCGCAGGACCCGAGGGUCCCGCCGGACACGGACCCGGGGUCCUGGACUACUCCAGGCUCCAGCUCAGCACCCUGAGCGCGGAGAGCCUUGGGGAGGAGCGGAGGAGCGACACGGUCGAGCUGUACCUCCACCACAACCGGCUGGCCUCCCUGCCCCUCUCCGUCCUCCUCUUCUCCAACCUCCAGUUGCUGGACAUCAGCAACAACGGCCUGUCCGUCCUCAGUGAGGACAUCACCCGGCUGACCAAGCUGAAGACCUUCAUCGCCAAGAACAACCGCCUGGACGAGGCCUCGCUGCCCAAGGAGUUCGGCUCCAUGCAGCUGGAGACGCUGAACUUCAGCGGGAACCGCUUCGAGGAGAUCCCGCUCCAGUGCACCAAGCUGCGACGCCUGCAGUCCCUCUCGAUGGGGGGGAACCGCCUGAGGAGCAUCCCCGCGGAGAUCGAGGACCUCACCAGCCUGGAGCUCCUGUAUCUGGGGGGGAACUUCAUCACCUCCAUCCCGGCGGAGCUGGCCAACCUGCCCUACCUGAGCUACCUGGGGCUGUGCGACAACCGCAUCCAGGGCGUCCCGCCGCAGCUCACCAGGCUCCACUCCCUGCGCUCGCUCAGCCUGCACAACAACCUACUGACCUACCUGCCGCGCGAGAUCCUCAGCCUGGUGCGGCUGCAGGAGCUCAGUCUCCGCGGCAACCCGCUGGUGGUGCGCUUCGUCAAGGAGAUGACCUACGACCCCCCCUCGCUGCUGGAGCUGGCGGGGCGCACGGUGAAGAGCCGCAACGUGCCGUACUCGCGCUGCGACCUGCCCGCCAACCUGCUGCACUACCUGGACCUGGCCAGCAAGUGCCCCAACCCCAAGUGUGCCGGCGUGUACUUUGACUCGUGCGUGCGCCACAUCAAGUUCGUGGACUUCUGCGGGAAGUACCGGCUGCCCUUGAUGCACUACCUGUGCUCCCCGGAGUGCACGUCGCCCUGCAGCUCCAACCCGCAGAGCGACGCCGAGUCCGAGGACGAGAUCAGCGUGCCCGCGGACCGCCUGCAGAGGGUGCUGCUGGGAUAGCAGCGACGCUCCAGGGGCCGCCCCCUCGGGGCCCCACCUUUGUACCGGCCACCUGCCUAUGCACACAACACUUAGCACCCAGCCCUCGCUGGGACGUAUGCACCCGCAAGGGCCAACCAGAGUGUAGCUCUAUAGAUAUAGAACGGAGAGAAGCGGAAAACAAACAUGGUCCUCCUCAUUUCAUUCACCGGGAUAUCUAUAUCUAUAUCUAUAUAGAUAUAGAUGUAGAUAUAAUAAGCUAAUUUGCUGUACAGGUAAAGGAAUUGUGCUGAGUGCAUCCUUUGGUGUCUUUACAAUCAUCGCUCAGCCAAGAGGAGCAGAUCAGGACGUCUCGGUCGCUGCAGCAGAUAUUCUGUUUCCCUGAUGUCAGGAUGUGCACCACACAGGGCUGCACCCUGGUUCUCAGUAGUCCUGGUCCUCAGUAGUCCUGGUUCUCAGUAGUCCUGGUUCUCAGCAGUCCAGGCCUGGUCUUCAGUAGUCCUGGUCUUCAGUAGUCCAGUCUUGGUCUUCAGUAGUCCAGUCCUGGUCUUCAGUAGUCCAGGCCUGGUCCUCAGUAGUCCUGGUCUUCAGUAGUCCAGUCCUGGUCUUCAGUAGUCCAGUCCUGGUCUUCAGUAGUCCAGGCCUGGUCCUCAGUAGUCCUGGUCUUCAGUAGUCCAGUCCUGGUCUUCAGUAGUCCAGGCCUGGUCUUCAGUAGUCCAGGCCUGGUCUUCAGUAGUCCAGUCUUGGUCUUCAGUAGUCCGGUCCUGGUCUUCAGUAGACCGGUCCUGGUCUUCAGUAGACCGGUCCUGAUCUUCAGCAGUCCAGGCCUGGUCUUCCGUAGUCCAGGCCUGGUCUUCAGUAGUCCAGUCCUGGUCUUCAGUAGUCCAGGCCGGUUUGAACCAGGGCCCCCAGGGCCGGUCUGAACCAGGACCCCCCCAGGGCCGGUCUGAACCAGGACCGGUCUGAACCAGGACCCCCAGGGCCGGUCUGAACCAGGACCCCCCAGGUCCGGUCUGAACCAGGACCCCCCCAGGGCCGGUCUGAACCAGGACCCCCCAGGGCCGGUCUGAACCAGGACCCCCCAGGGCCGGUCUGAACCAGGACCCCCCCAGGGCCGGUCUGAACCAGGACCCCCCCAGGGCCGGUCUGAACCAGGACCCCCCAGGGCCGGUCCAAAGGGGUCCGUUUGAGAGCCCUCGACCAAGGAGGUGAACCGUACCAGAGGUACACUGUACCAGCGGUACACAGGGUUACCAGAGGUAACCCUAACCCAGUGUACCAGAGGUACACUGUACCAGCGGUAACCCGUACCAGAGGAACACUGUACCAGCGCUACACCGUACCAGUGUGUGCCUUUUCCCAGAAGCUUGGACCUGAGGCAGCAGCCGGUUGGAGGUCUGUAGGUCCAGAGACAAACACUCUGACACGCCCACACGGUGAGCUCAGCCAGUGAGAGGACCUUUCCAUGGAAGUAGAACGCAUACAUCUUCAGGAAUAGAUGGGGAAAUGGACAAAACAUUUUUUUUAAUAAUUGCCAAACACAAAUUCACCUGUCUUUAGAUGACGGUAAACUGAACCCCGACCGGGUUGAGUCGGGGUUCAGAGAACGCCUUCACGUUACGGAGCAGCGCUGAGACCUGCCUUACUGAUUGUGACUCCUAACAGAAAUGAAACAAUGUGAUAUUUGCACCCUUUAAUGUGAUAUGAUUAACCAUUUAGCGUGUAUAUUGGUUAUCUUUUGUAACAAAUUGUACUGCUUUUAUACAAAUGAGACUCAAGCACAUGUGGAAACGCAAAUAACUUUUUAGCGGUGCCUCUGAAUAGAGGAGGCAUUAUGGUGUGUAUUUAUGGACUAAUGUUUACUCACUGUGUAUAAUGAUAAUAAUAAAGAGUGAUUUUAAGGCUUUGUUUGUGCUUGCGGGUGAAUUUAUAUUUUAACCUCCACGAUGUGGUCGAUAAACCUCCCACUUUACUUGUAACAUAAAUAUCUUUCCUGGAAAUGUCGCCACAAGACAUGACAUCUGUUUGAGGAUUGGGGAUCUGUGUGUCUCUGAGUUUGGGUUCUACAGUCUCAGCUCUUUGUGGUCUGGGCUGCAGCCUGGGUCCGUUCAGUCCAAGGCCU